AUGCAUUCGUCCCUAAACAGAGCCCAGGGCGUCUUUGGUUUCUUCACCACCGUCGCCUUAUGCGUCGCGGGUCUAGCUGCCUUAUCGGUGCUGCUGUACCCUGCGCAUGAUGCAAAGGCUCAGGUGUCAUUGAAGAAUGUACAGGUAAUCAAAGGCCGGCCUAACUACUACUCCGCCAAGAAGGAAGAGUAUGCGCAGAUGAGGUUUGAUCUGGAUGCGGACCUCUCUCCGCUCUUCAACUGGAACACGAAACAACUCUUCGUCUACGUCUAUGCCUCCUACUCCUCCUCGGACAAGAAAUCGUCCCUCGUCCCGAACUCCGAGUCUAUCAUCUGGGACACCAUCAUCCCCGCCCCGGAAUCGCCGUACUCCUUCAACGCUCUCCGCGAGCGUUUCUUCCCCGCGAAGAAAUCGUCCGGCCGCAAGAACCAGAAGCGCACCAACGCCGCUUCCAAGAAAGCUUCCACCUCCAAGAAGGAUGCAGCUGCCGCCCCCGGCGUGCUCCGUCUGCGUGGCCAGCGCGCCAAGUACCAGAUCAGCGACAUCACCGGUAAGAUGGCGGAGCGCGGGAACGUGACGCUCUCCGUGGGCUGGAACGUGCAGCCCUGGGUGGGUGCGCUGUUGUGGAGUCCCCGGACUGGUGCUUUCCCGCAUACGGCUGGGACCAUUGUUGAUACCAAGGCCUUUGAUUUCCCGGCUUUGAAGGGAAGUAAGGCUAGUGCUGCCAAGGCUAGUGAGCAGGCAGCAAAGUCCUCUGUGUAG